UGCGCCCUUGGCACGUUGGACUUUGGCCACAGAUAUCAAAUUUACCUGUGCUCGUGCUAUUUAACGUCUGUGCUGUCGUCGAUCAGUGACAGCAGAUGUUCCGUUUAGCUAGGAUGAGCGUCGAUCGCUCAGUGCGCCGACUGAAGGUGCUACAGGCCAUCCUCCAUGAUGGCAGUUUCAGCAAAGACAAUGUACUGGCGAUUCGCUGGUGUUCGGGAAGUGGCACCAAAGACGGCGUGGUUAGUAUUGGAAACAUCAGUUUGCCACUUCGGGCAGGAAGGGCUCCAGAGCUUAUCCCUGUCAAGUAUUUAUCGGAGAAGCCACCUCAAUCUGUGCUGCAGCAUCUUCGAUGGAUAAUGCAGAAAGACGCCAUUGGCCAGGAUGUCUUUCUUAUUGGUCCACCUGGUCCUCUGAGACGUCAGAUUGCUAUGAUGUAUCUGGAGCUGACGAAACGAGAGGGAGAAUACAUAUCGUUAUCUAGGGAUACGACCGAGAGUGACCUCAAACAGAGACGCGAGAUAAGGUCAGGGACAGCCUUCUAUCUGGACCAAUGUGCAGUGCGAGCAGCAUUAGAAGGACGUAUUCUCGUAUUAGAGGGUAUUGAAAAAGCAGAGCGGAACGUUUUGCCUAUCCUCAACAAUUUGCUGGAGAAUCGUGAAAUGCAGUUAGAUGAUGGGCGCUUCCUCAUGGCGGCUGACCGAUAUGACAAACUCCUAAAUGAACAUACCAAGGAAGAACUUGAUCAUUUGAAACUUGUUCGUGUUAGUGAGAAUUUCCGUGUACUUGCAUUAGGUCAUCCUGUUCCCAGGUAUCAAGGGAACCCCUUGGAUCCGCCUCUUAGGUCUAGGUUUCAGUCACGUGAUAUUGUCUCUCCGCCGUUCAAAGAACAACUUGAGACAUUACAGACAGACAUGAAAAACGUGCCGUCUCAGCGGUUGUCACAAAUUUUGUCCUUCGCUACUGCGAUCCUAACAAAGGAAUCUUCGUCGUUAGGAUUGCCUGAUUUUCCGAUUUCCAAUUUAGUCAAUAUCAUACGGAUCUUGGAUUCCGUACCAAUCAUGUCCUCACAAGCGUUACUGCAGAUACUAUAUCCAUAUAACACAAUGCUUGGAAAAGAUGGAAGAGUGGCUGUAGAGAGAAUUUUGGAAAAGUUUGAAUUAAUGGAUGGUAAAAAACAGAAACACAUACGGAUCACCUCAAUAAAGCAAAAGGAUGAUGGCUCCUCGCAGGUCGUUCUUAAUGAAAGAUUUCCCCUAUCUGUCAAUAAUGGAUUAUUCCCGCAAAAUCGCAACGUGGGAGAUCGUCAGUUUGUGACCACUAAAUACCACGAGUCUCUCCUAGGUGAGCUAAUGCUGAGUCAUAUGUGUAAAGACUUGUGUAUCGUAGGCCCGAAAGGUAGCGGGAAAAGUGCUUUAGUUGGAGAACUCGCCGCACUUCUUGGCUAUCGGAUCGAACCCAUCAUGCUUUAUCAGGACAUGACGUCACGAGACCUCCUACAGCAGCGAAUCACGCUCCCCAAUGGUGACACGUCCUGGCGUCUGUCACCCCUUGUCACCGCCGCCAUGGAAGGUAGUCUCGCAGUUUUAGACGGUGUUCACAGGAUUAACCAGGGAUCAUUUGCCAUUCUCCACCGACUCAUACACGAUCGUGAACUUCAGCUCUUUGACGGAUCUCGUCUUCUGAGGCACGACCGAUAUCAACAAAUGAAAAAGGAGUUGAAUUUGACCGAUGAGCAAAUGACAGAGAAGGGAAUACUGGCCAUCCAUCCAUCAUUCCGGAUGAUUGCUUUAUCAGAGCCCCCCGUGGCCGGUAGUACUAAGCAGCAGUGGAUGACUCCAGAACUUCUCACUAUGUUUAUGUUUCAUAACCUGCGACCUCUUUCACAGGCUGAGGAGUUACAGGUCAUCAAUAAUGUCGUCAACGAGUGUCCGGACAUGAAACCCCUUAUCAGCUUUGUUCACCAAUUGAGGUCAUCAACGGACCCCGCAAUGACCUCAAUAGCUUCAUCAUUGUCCACCAGACAGCUGAUUCGUGUGGCCAAGAGAAUUGCACAAUUCCCAUCCAAAGAUGUUUACGGGAUUAUCGAAAAGGCGUGUCUGGCUAGAUUUCUGCCCCAGCUUCCUAAGGCGGGUCUCCAUCAAUCGAUGGAGGCUGCAGGCAUACGCUCCAUCACGAGCUCUACAACAGAUUCGUCGACUCUUGACCAGUCGAUCACCAGUGAGAUAAACAACGGGAAGUUGCGAAUUGGACAAACCACAGUCCCCUUAUUUAACCCCGACAACAAGACCAAAAUUCCUGAUGUACUCUUUUACGAUAAUCCGCAGCAUCUCAAUGUGAUGGAGGAUAUGCUUAAAGAUUUCUCGUUAGGUGAAAAUUUGCUGCUAGUUGGGAAUCAAGGUGUCGGUAAGAACAAGAUUGUGGAUCGAUUCUUGUACCUGCUUAACCGUCCCCGAGAGUAUCUACAACUUCACAGAGACACAACGGUUCAGACACUCACGCUACAACCAACCGUCAAGGAUGGAGUUAUCGUGUACGAGGAUUCUCCGCUGGUUUCUGCUGUGAAACAAGGCAACGUCCUUGUGGUGGAUGAAGCGGACAAGGCCCCAACACAUGUAACAUGUAUUCUGAAAACUUUAGUUGAGUCUAAAGAAAUGCAUCUAGCGGACGGCAGACGGAUAGUGGCGCCUCAUUCUAACAUUUCUCCUUCUAAAAAUAUAAUCAAAUGUCAUCCCGACUUUAGGAUGAUUGUUCUAGCAAAUAGACCAGGAUUUCCCUUUUUAGGAAAUGAUUUCUUUGGAGCAAUGGGUGAUAUCUUUAGUUGUCAUGCAAUAGAUAACCCAGAUAUGGAGUCCGAACUAGCUAUGCUCAGGCAGUACGGCCCAAAUGUACCAGAAACAACACUGAAAAAGUUAGUACAGGCCUUUGGUGAACUGCGCAAUAUGGCAGACCAGGGGUUGAUAGGGUACCCAUACUCUACUCGUGAAGUAGUCAACAUCGUCAAGCACAUCCAAAAAUAUCCAGAUGAGGGGCUGACAUCAGUAGUCCGCAAUGUGUUCGACUUUGAUUCGUACAGCAAUGAGCUGAAAGAUACGAUAGUGCAGACAAUGCAUAAGCACGGAAUUCCGUUUGGAGCUACUGAGGCUGUGGUAAGCUUGGCAAAGCAGCUACCUCUACCAUCCUUUAGAAUCACUGGAAAAUGGGACGUGCAGAGUGGACAAGGGCGUCGUAAGACAGCAAUGAUGAGUCUGCCGGUGGAGUCGUCUCCGGUGCAAUUCCGUGGACCGAUUGAGGUGUAUGUCCAGGAAACAGUUUUGGAAAAGCGGGAGGCCCGAGCUGGCAUUUUCACAGAACAGGAUGCAUACUGGACAAUCCCAAUGCACGAAAAUAACACCAUCAGUGAUGUGGCAGUCACUAAGAAAAACAACCGAUCCGAAGGGAAAACUGAUACUGACAUCAUACAUGUAGCCACCUCUAACCCAGUUAUCUUGUAUUCUCUAAACCCAAAGUUCUCAACUGUUAGACAUAUUGACAUGUACGACCUUUUCCCGACAACGUCUGGGUCUUACCAGCCCAAGGUCAACCUGGCGCCAAAGUCAGCACCUUUUGACAACACCGUCAUCCUGCACGAGGAGGUUAGCAAUGCAUCAUUUGUGGUAAAUUUUGAGACGGGAGAGGUCGGUCGGAUCAGAUCUCCUUAUCUCCCCGAAACAGUGAUUGAAAAGAGACGAUUCCCUUCAUUUCAACAGAAAAAGGAGAAGCCAAAUGAGUUCCGUAUGUGUCCCACGUCGGUUGUAGGCGGUAAAGGUUCAUUGAUCUUUUACAAAACAGGAGGCGAUACAUUAGUCGCAAUUACAGGCUCUAAUUCUCAUUCGGUGUCCUUGCCCUUUGCAGUGGAAUCUAUACAUCAAGUCGGUAAUGAUCAAUGGCUUGUCACUUCGACCGAUAACCAUAAAAAGAACAUAGUCACGUGUACGGACGAUUUUGAAUUCAUACUGAAUCCAGUGAACGAGGAAGGGCAGGAAACAGUUGUUAAAGAUAUGGCGACGUUGCCACUUAGCGAACAGCUGCUUAAACGUGUGAUACAGAAGGACGUCACUGCAACAAACCGUGUCAUAGUGACGCCAGAUUCGUAUGCAUCAGUGGUAGUUGGAUUCCCAGAAGGUGAUUCCUCAGAGGUGUAUACUACUCCAAGAGAGUUGAUACAAGAAAAUGGCGUGAUGGACAAACUUCGUGCACCGUACGGAGACCAGACUGAUACACCACCUAAUCAUCCAACAGUGUAUCUUCCGGAAAACGGCAUGGUUGUGCAGGCCCUUCCUUCGUCGAAAGUACCUGUGUCGCUCUUCCCAGACGGCAAGCGUCCGAGUAACAACAGUGGCUUUCUGGAGAUCGCUGACUUGGGUAAUCACACCCUGAGGUACAUUCCCAUCCCCGAGGCGGGGCGGGUGUCCUCAUACGCUUCUUGGAUGUACCAUUCUUCCAACUCAAAAGUACACAUGGCACCUACCAGUAAUGACGGUGUAGUCACAGUAGACUUUUCUGGAUGCGUGCGGCUUUGGGAACCAGCUGUGACAAACCUGGAGCGAUCCCUGCAGGAGUGGAAGAAUAUGAUUGGAUUUUCUGACGGCAAAGAGCUUCAGAUUACUUACGAACGGGAGAGCGGUCGGAAAGCGGAUGGGCCAAAACACGGAAAGAUAGAUAACACCAACGCCCCACAUGUAGGUGGUAACACGUGGGCUGGCGGCACUGGUGGUAGUAAUACUGCAGGCCUUGGUGGAAUUGGAGGACCAUACCGACUCGAUGCUGGCCACAAAGUUUACCAGGUACCUCAAGCAGAGAAAGACGCAGUCCCGGAGGAGGUCCGUAGGGCCGCGCGCGAGAUGGCUCAGAAAGCGUUCAAAGACAGACUUCGCGAGAUCAACAUGAGCGAAUAUGACGCAGAGACUUACAACAACUUCUUGAACCACGUACGCGGCCAGGUCCAGUCCCUCAGGGUCAUUCUCGACAGUCUCCAGGCCAAGGGCAAGGAACGGCAAUGGCUCAAAAACCAAGCGUAUGGCGAUUUGGACGACGCUAAACUUAUCGAAGGCAUUACAGGUGAGAAAUCUAUCUACAAACGACGCGGAGAAAAGGACCCCGAGCUAGGGACACCACAAGAGAAACCGAAGCGCAUGCGCCUGGUUGUUGAUGUGUCCGGCAGUAUGUAUCGAUUCAACGGCUAUGAUGGCCGCCUAGAGCGCGAGAUGGAGGCGACGCUCAUGAUGAUGGAAGCUUUGGAAGGCUACGACGAGAAAAUUAAAUACGAUAUUCUCGGACAUUCCGGAGAGGACCAUAAGGUUCAGUUAGUAAAGCCAGACAAGGCCCCGACAAACAACAAAGAGCGUUUAGUGGUUCUAAAGACCAUGCAUGCACACUCACAGUUCUGUCUGAGUGGGGACAACACUCUCGAGGCAACACGUCACGCCAUCAAUGAUCUCAGCGAGGAGGAAGCUGAUGAGCAUUUUGUUAUUGUCUUAAGUGACGCAAAUUUUGAUCGUUACAACAUUUCACCGAAACGGUUCGGAGAAAUACUUCGCUCUCACGAUAAAGUGAACGCCUAUACGAUAUUUAUAGGAUCAUUGGAGGACCAGGCCGCCCAGCUUAUCAAACACCUCCCGUCAGGGCACGCCUUCAUCUGUUUGGACACAAAAGAUCUACCACAGAUCUUACAGCAAAUAUUUACAUCUACCAUGCUCUCUUCUAGUUAAGUCAACUUACUGUGCGGACUUCAAUUUUUUUAGAACUUUGCGGACUCAGUUAUUUGUGUAUUGUAAAUGAUGUAUGUGAUAGUCUGUGAGACAACUCCAGUCCCCAAUCUUAUUUUAUCAUUAUUUGUACUAAACUUCGGUUCUUGGUAAUCCCAUUGAAUAUACCGAGUGGUAUUUUUAAGUUACUAUCAUUACUAAAAUAGUCGGAGUCUGGUUUUGCCACUUAUUUGCCUGUAUACAAGCGAACAGGCUUUUACUGUUAUUGUUUUAUAAAUUUGGUUGCGUUAUAUAAAUGAAAUUUCGGUUGAAUCUUUAAGAAAUCGUGCUUCGUAAUACAUGAUCAAUUUACAUAACGUAUGAGAUACUAUAUGUUUGAUGAUGCAUAGGAACAAUUUAGCCCAUCAUCAUCAGAUUGUAGACUGUCCAAAUCGCCGUUCGUCCGUGGUCCGUCCGUCCGUAAACAAUCCUCGUUAUCGCUUUUGCCUCUAGUUGUGUCAGUUCAGUUUAGACCAGAAAAAAGGAAAGGGUCGACAGGCGGCCAUGUUUGAGUUUGGGAAUUGAAGAUUCUUAUCGCUUUUUCUUGAAAGGCAAUGGAGAGAUUUUUUCUCAAACUUCCCAUGUUUGUUCCACUUGUUUUUGUCAUCAGAUUUUUAAGAAGAAGAAAAAGCAAGGAGAAAAAAUAGAGAAGAUCAAAUUGACAUAGAAACAGUAAAAAUCAUCAAUUUGUGGGCGCCAGUAUCCCUUUGUGAUCUCUUGUAAUAAUUGUUUAAGAAUGCAAAUUUUGACAUACUGCAUCAUCGAUUUUAUUGUACAAAUAUGUAAUGGCAUUUUGCCUUAAAGCAUGUUUUUAUCCCAUAACCAUAUAGUCUUAAAAAGGAGGCAGCGGUGGCCGAGUGGUUAAGGUGUCCCGACAUUUUAACACUAGCCCUCCACCUCUGGGUUGUGAGUUCGAAACCUACGUGGGGCAGUUGCGAGGUACUGACUGUAGGGCGGUGGUUUUUCUCCAGGUACUCCGGCUUUCCUCCACCUCAAAAAACCUGGUACGUCCUUAAAUGGCCCUGGCUGUUAAUAGGACGUCAAACAAAAACAAACCAAAUAGUGUUAACAAUGUUCUGGUAGUUAAUGUUGUCACCGACGGAUGCCGAGUCCUAUACCAAAGUGAGGUGUCUGAGUGUGAAAUAAAUAUGUUAAUAUCAUGUAUAUACUGUAUAUAUCCAUACCUAACCUGUGAACGUCACUCUAACAAUUACUGUGAUCCCGGUGUGCCCGUGUUGUCAAUGAUGGCAAGAUUUGUAUCGGACUAUUGUUUUAAAAUGGGACAGGCAAUUUUAGCUGUCUAUCAAAUCCUAAUAAAACAUCUUUACCUUGCUAAAUCAUAUGUUAUACGGGUAUGAAUUGUACUGUUGAUAGAAUAUCAGUCUUGUUUUACCCCACGCAUAGAACAAUCUCAUUUUGGUUUUUAUGAUAUACUACAUUAAAACCUAUUAUUUGCAAUCUUCUCUCAAAUAUGAAUUAUAUGGGGUUUAGAGAUUAGAAAAUAUGCUAUGUAAUGUUCCAAGAUACACUGUAAUUGCAUGUAUAAAAAUGCUCGCUGAAGGAAAAAUGAAAUACUUCCCUAGUUACAAAAGGGAUGAUUCAGCAUCAUACAUAAGGUGUUGAGGCUAGAGUUACAUUAAGUGAGUAAUGAGUGAAGAUUGUGUGUGCGAAAAGCUGAGACUGAGUACCUAAUGUAGGAAUUCUGGUUGAUCAAGGUGUGUUUUUAUAUAGAAGUUAAUUAUUAUUUUAAUGAAUUAGUUGAUGAUUAGAAUGUCUGUUUAAAUUAUAAUCAGCUUAUUGAUCUAGUUUUUACCUUGUACAAAACAUGAUUCGUAUAGUAUUUUGUGGAUAAAAGUUGAUCGACCUCAGGAUAUGUUGAUAUGUUGAUUUGUCCAGGCUUUGUUUGUACGAUACAUUAUUUGUAUAGUCUUAUGUGAAUUAGUGGUGAUCGACUUCAAAAUAAAUGUGGUAUAUUGAAGUGUCCUAAGUUAGUGUAUAUGUGUUACGGAAACAAGGCUUUAGGCUAUACAUGUAUAAUAUCAUACACUGUAAAACGAGUCGAACCAAUUCCUCAUUACAAUAACACUAGUUUUAGAUUACAUGACUCAUAUUCAUGACAACAUACUUGAGAUGAAUAAUUUACCCAUAAAAAAAAGAAAAAAAGAUUAACGUGUUACGUCUCUCACCAUCGAAACAAUCGCGUGGCGUCAUUUAUCAUGACGUCUCAAUUAUAGUAUUACAAUUUGUCAGUGAUAUUUGUCUUUAUUCAUUUGUUAACAGGAAAAGUAUUUGUAAAUGUAAAUGUUUGUUAAUACAAUAUCCUCUGAUUUAUUAAGUACGAUUUAUUGGUGUUUCGAUUGUUUAUUGAAUGCUACAAACAUCAAUAUUCGGCUCACUUAGGAAUGCUUUGUUGUUUUUUCUGGUCUGGCAAAUACCCAAAUUAUCAGUUGGAUUGCUUCUCAAAGAGAUUCAUUUUAGUGCGCUAGGUAUUAGAGAUAUAGGUUUCUACACUGUAUGGCGGCGGACAUUGUUUUGGAUCAAAGCAUACUUUUUGUGUUGGAAGAUUGAGAUGUAUUGAUAUUCAUGGUGUGUGGGAAGUGGAAAGCUUCGUUGAAUAAUUCAGGGAUCACAAAUAUCUAUAUUGCUUUUCACGGCUUCAUAUUUUCACAAAUUGACAACAACAAAGAUCUAAGUAUGUUGUAGUUUACAUAAAGGAUAUACCAGAUAUAUUUAGUGGUUUUGUAGCAUAACAGGUCUAAGCAAUCAGAUGAAGCUCUGCAUAUCACAGUUCGUGCUGUAUAUAGUUUAAAAUAAUUUAUGGUGAUAAUGUGUGAAGAUUGAUUGAUUGUAUCAGAGUGGAACUGUUUCCUUAUUUAUCACAUCAAAAAUAAAUCAAAAUUAAUAUGU